CGCGCCUCUAGGAGGCCCUGAGUCUGCAGGCGGCUACGAGAGCCGGAAAGAUGUCCGGUCCCUUGUCCCGCGCCUACAGGGAGCGGCUCUUUUCAUAAAAAGGAACGUGGAACGGCACUCCCCGGGGCGAAGGUGGUGUCAGUACAUGUCGUGGGGCCAGAGAAGCUAGAGCCAGGUAUUGCAGGGAUGCAGCUGUUCUGCAAAUCUGUGGUGUAAACUGGUUCCCCGUGUGCCAGCGUGCUUUGAGCUAGAGCAGCCGCCCAGUCAGCCCACCGUUUGGCUUAGAUAUGGCCACUAACUUUUUCUUCUCUAGGACUCGGCCUCCGGAAGGGUUGUGGGCAAGGCUAUGAGGACUGUGUCCCUUUUCUCCCAGGCCGACUCAGGAUAUCCCGAAGUUCCCGAAGAGGCUGCCACUCUGACAUCUGAGGAGACAGGCCCUAAGCCCCGGCUGGCUAUGAAGAGUGACUCCUCGACACCUGCAGCCCCCCUUAGGGGGCUCGGGGUGCCCCUGAGGAGCAGUGAGCCUGUGUGCGCCGCCCCAGCCCCGUCGGCAGCCGUGGUUCUGCUGGAGGAGGCGGCAGACUUCUUAGUUGUGCACCUGGACUUCGGGGCGGCGCUGCAGACCUGUGAACGCGUCUUGCCGAGCCUGGCCAACCUUGAUGCGGCCACCUCCUUGGAAGUGAAAUGCUCCCUGUGUGUUGUGGGGAUCCAGGCCCUGGCAGAAAUGAAUCGGUGGCAAGAAGUCCUGUCCUGGGUUCUUCAGUAUUACCAGGUUCCUGAAAAGCUACCCCCCAAAGUCCUGGAGCUAUGUGUUCUUUUAUACAGCAAAAUGCAAGAGCCUGGAGCUGUGCUGGAGGCGGUCAGUGCCUGGCUGCAAGACCCAGACAAUCAGGACCUUCCAGAAUACAGAGCCUUGGCAGAACUUCACCUGCAGCGGGUGCUGCUACCUCUGGGCUGCUUGUCAGAGGCCGAGGAACUGGUGGUGGGCUCUGCAGGCUUCAGUGAGGAAGAGCGGCUGGACGUACUCCAAGCCAUUAGUAAGGCAAGGCAACAGCAGAAACACCACUGCUCGGGCUCUGAGGAGGCCCAGAAGCUGAACCAGGAAGGCUCUUUCUCCCACAAGUUCCUGUCACUACUGAUGUUGCUCCGCCGGCUUUGGGAUUCUACAGUGAGCCACUUCUUUUCCCUGCCCUUCAAAAAGAGCCUCCUGGCUGCCUUGAUCCUCUGCCUCUUGGUAAUAAGGUUUGACCCAGCUUCUCCUUCAUCCUUGCCCUUCGUCUGCAAGCUGGCUCAGCUCUUCCAUCGGAUCCAGGAAACCGUGUUUUCUCUCUACCGGCUUCCUAUCCACGACUGAGUGGUCCACAACCGGGCUACUACCCUGUUACCCUGUGACAGAGCCAGGGUAACUCAGCCGUGGCAGCCUAUUUCCUGUUGCUGGCUGGGCCCUCACAGGGCUGGGGCUAGCCCGAUUCUGGAAAGAGCUAAUCCAGUAUGGUGGACUGUGUUUUGCCGUCUGAAUGUUCUCCCCUUUGCACCCCACUCUGGCUGGUGUUGGUAGGAAAUGUGGAAACAAAGUGGGGCCAGAGAGCUCAAGUCCUCCAGAAUAGAAUUCCCUUAUAUCCAGAGGCCCCUCAUAAAGGAUUGUGAAAGGAGACCGUAUCCAUGAAAGAUUCCAUCUUCUUGGCAAAGGCAAGGGGCUGAUUUUUCAGGUCAGGGCGUUAAUGAAGCUCAGAGAACUCUGAUGGAAUGACCCUGGGCCUUUCACUUCUUUGGAAAUUGCCUCACUGGGCAGAGUGUGAGGAUCUGAGAGGGCCUUUUACUUCUCUGUACUCCCCUCCACGGAUCCGGUCUAGUUAUUCCUGUGGUUUUGCGGUGGGCUUGAAGCCGCUCGGGGCCUCUCUCUUCAGACCAGGGCACGGCUUCGGGACUACCCAGGGUACUAUGGAGAGCAAAGGAGGGCUGCUCUGCUCUUCUCACCGGGGAAGGUGACCUUACUUUGGUACCUCUUGGGCUUCAGCUCGAUUUUCCAGGUUGUCAGUGGCCAAGUCCUGCUCUAUUACACACUCAGCAUUCCUGUGCUCUCUUUCUUCCUGUCAGUCCCUUCCCCCUGCUUUGCAAUGGUAUUUUUGUACUUUGUCUGAUAUCUGUUUUACCAGGUUCUGCCUGCAUCUUUGUUUCCUCGGUACAUACUGUUGCUGAGCCCCCACCCCUUCUAUGUCCUGUUGUUCUAGUUCUAGUUUAUUGUUUGUAUAAUGUAGAAGCUUUCCUGCUCGUGUGGCCUUGAAAAGUAGGUCAGCCUCAGAGGCUAAUGAGCUGAAAAUGGAACUGGGUAAUCAGGUGAGCUGGAAGGGAUAUGUGGAGGGAGUUGGGCAGAGGGGAGACAUGGGUUUUGAAGGCAAUGAACGAUUUUAUUCACUGUUACGGGGAGGAGGCACUGGGGCCAUAGCAUCUGAGUAUUUGAAAUGUCUCAGUGAUUUCUGUCACUUACUGCAAGAAUCUUACAUGUGUCUGUGCAAGUAAACGUAAAACACUACUACACUGUUAGAAUUAUGAAAGGCUUCCAGCUGGGGCUAGCCUUUUUGAGGAUGAAGGCCAAACCACUCUUCACUGGAACUCUGGGCAGUGUUGAUGCCAGGAAUAUAGGAGACACGUUUAAUAGUUUUCUAUAGGUUCCUUUUCAGGAGUUCCACGUCAAUUACUUCUCUUUAGUAAAAGAGGUAGACUAAGUAAACCUCACAGGUCCUUGGGAGAUAAAUCCCUAAGGUGUGGUCCAACUCUGUAGGAAACCAAUCUGUGCUUUUACGUUUGGGC